AUGUUCUGGUCGGCGCUUCACUCGGCCGUCAUUAGUAAUUCAGAUGAUUCCAAAAACAAUUUACCACUAUCCGAAGUGAAAGAGGACGGCAUUUCUAAGGCUCCCGUAGGAGGACCAUUCACAUGGGUUUCGACCAUCUCAGGUCUACCAAUCAUAAGUCUAUUUGCUUAUCGUGCAGAACCCAGAAACUGUCCAGCUUGCUCUUGUGGUACCAACAGUUCGACAACCUCGAACGAUGAUCUGAGCAACAUUAGUGACCUGCGAAUCUAUGGGGGCAAGAAUGCUACGGACGGAAUGUAUCCUUGGAUGGUGGCGCUGUAUUACGACAAUAAAUUCAUCUGUGGAGGAUCCCUGAUCAACAAUCUGUACAUUUUGACGGCAGCUAGUUGCGUUUUCAACACCGAUCGAACGUUGUUCUCGGUGAAAUUUCUAAUGUAUGAUCGCGGAAAUCCCGAUUCCAAUUUCUUCGAGCGACGCGUUUCGUACAUCAUGACCAAUUGGUUCUUGGAUACAGGAAUAACCUCGAUGAACGAUUUGGCCCUGUUGAAGUUGAACGAAACGGUCCCGUUGGGGAGUGGUUUGUCUCCCGUGUGCUUACCACCGGAAGGUCCUACUUAUGGCGGAUACAACGGAACCGUUACAGGAUGGGGUAAUACUGUAAACUACACGUACUCGCGGGUGUUGCAGGAAGCGACUGUACCGAUUCUGACGUACGAUGAAUGCUUGAAGCAAAGCAAUUACCAUUUCUUCCAAAUCGAUGACAGUAAGUUGUGCGCGGGAGCCCCCGACGGUGGAAUAGAUGCUUGCCAGGGAGAUACCGGUGGUCCGUUGCACAUCAUAGAUCAGCAAACUGGAAAAUACGUCAUAGCCGGAGUGGUCUCCGUUCGAACGGAAUGUGCCCAGCCAAAGUAUCCAGGGAUCUAUACCCGGGUGAACAAGUUUAGGUCGUGGAUCAAGUUCAAUACCCGGGAUGCUUGCUACUGUAGUUCAUGA